CCUUAUCCACAUCCCUCUUCCUUGUGUGUGUGGCUUGGACAAAUGCACUUCCUCUAUCCUCUCGAGCUCUCUCUCACUCUCCUCCAUGGCGACCACCGCAUCCACCUCUCUCCCACGUAACUACUCCAUCCCUCCUCCUCCUCCCUCUUUCACCCGCGCCACGUCAUUUCCCAAAUCGUUCCCGCUCUAUACCCGCCCCAACCGCCGGUUCUCUCUCACUUACCGUUUAAACCAAAACUCGAAACAGAGGAGUGUAGGAAUCGUCAGAUGCGAGGCGACGGAGGUCUCUCCUCCUUCUUCUUCUUCUUCUUCUUCGUCCGUUGCUUCCCCGGGAAGAAACUGGGUGCCGGUGGUGCCGUUAUCCGCGCUUCCGAAAGGUGAACGGAGAGUGAUUAUCCAAGACGACGAGACGAUAUUGCUGCUUUGGUAUAAGAACGAUGUCUUCGCGAUUGAGAACCGUUCUCCCGCCGAAGGAGCCUACAGCGAGGGGCUUCUCAACGCUAAGCUCACUCAGGAUGGUUGCAUUGUGUGCCCGGCAACGGAUAGUACAUUUGAUCUCAGAACCGGAGAGAUCAAGGAAUGGUACCCAAAGAACCCGGUUCUCAGAGUCUUGACACCUGCACUGAGAAAGCUGUUUGUGUACCCUGUCAAAUUUGAUGAAGAAAACAUCUACAUCAGCAUUAGAGGCAACGGGAAGAACGAGGCUGCUGCUGAAAUCGUCUUCAGUGGAAAAGCUCAGCCUGGGCUCACAGCAACCAAUGUCAACGUAGACGAGGUGAGGAUGGUGGUGGACGAGGGUUCUCAAGGAUUUGGUUUCUCAAGGAAGAACGAAGUGAUAAAUGGCAAAGCAGCAGUGAUAGGAUUCUUACUGCUGUUAGAUUUUGAGCUAUUGACAGGUAAAGGUCUAUUGAAGGGGACAGGGUUCUUGGACUUCCUUUACUCUGCUUCUGAUGCUUUCAAGUAGAGAUCAAUAUAUCUAUCUUUGGUCUGGUUUUUGCUUUACCUCCCUUGUGCAAUUUGUGGAAGCAUUAUUCAGUAAAUGGAGAAACAAACAACAUACUUUUUAAGUAACAAAAUUCACACCAUGUCUUAGUAUAUGAAUCACAUUUUAUAGAGAUGUCUUGCCUUUGCUUUGUUUGUGUGUUUACCUCUUAAUAUAAGAUAUUCUUUGUUCUUUCCCUC